AUGUUACCCUUUGAUAAACAGGUACGCAUCGCUGAGAAGGUGACAACAACAGAGAUCGUUGAUGCCGAACGCGCGACACAAAUCUGGGACGAACAGGUUGCCAAGAUUAAGGAGGCACUCCAAAAAACGACCUUCUUGGGUGAAGGCGCGGCGAACCUUGCUAAACUGUUGUCCUAUAUGGAUAUAGCAGGGCAGAAUCGGUUGUUGGAAACGUUGGCAGAGAAACAACCAGAGUUGGUAGAGAGCGUCUCUGAGAAACUGUUGACCUUUGAAGACUUAAGUAAUUUGGAGAAUGAAGCGAUCAAAACUAUCCUGCAAGUGUUAGACAAACCGACCUUGGCUCUUGCCCUCCACAAUGCCCCGCCAGCAAUACAUGAUCGGUUCCUUGAAAAUAUGUCAGCACCGCAAGCAGACGCUGUUGAAGCAGAAAUUGCACAAUUGACAUUUGAACAGACACAGAUCGCCGAUACGGCUCGGCAAUCCGUUGUCAGUUUGGUGCGUAACUUCGCAGCUAAAGGGUUGCUAAAAAUUGGAUGA